AUGCCCCUCAUCCACGCGGGCUCCGCACUGCUACUCGUGCUCCUGAUACUACCACAGGUACAUGCCUUUGGAGCCGGUAACAUCGCCUCCAUCUCCGCCAUUGAAGGCAAGAACUGGCGCCAUGGAGAUAUCGAGGACGUACUCAAGACCUUGGCCUUCAUCCACGGCCACAAGUGGACCUCCACCAUGGUGAAGCGCGUGUAUUUUGGCAACUGGCUGCGUGACUAUUCGCAAGCCAUGGACGUGGGAACUCUCAAGAGUUUGCAAGCCGAGACAAUCCGCGUCUUGGUGUGGGUCCUGUCGUUCCUGAGCUUCGGCUAUGCCACCGGUGAAUUCGAAGUCACCUCCGAGCGUCUGGGAGUCUACCGCCCCGAGGAGCACAUCGAUAACCCCAAGGACUAUGCCGACAAUGAAGAUGCGCGGCAAUAUGACAAGCGGUUGCGGCCGCCUGUCCGAAACGUGGAGUUGGAAAUCGACCAGAACACCGGCAUGAAGAACUACAUCGCGAACGAGCGCGGUGACUGGGCCACCAGCGCUGCCUAUAUCAAGUUCAGUCUCAGUCGUAGUAUCCACUAUGGACGCACUUACACUCAUGGCGGACAGAGUAAGGGUAAGGAGGAGGACCUCUGCGAAGCUCUGCGUUGUCUGGGUCAGGGUCUGCACACCCUAGAGGACUUCGCGGCCCAUACCAACUACGUGGAGCUGGCGCUGCGCGAAAUGGGUAUGCAGAAUGUCUUCCCCCAUACCGGCACAAACACCCAGAUCAAUCUGCACGGCAAACGGGUCUUCCCGCUCGUGACGGGUACUUUUGGUAUGGUGGAUUUCUUCCACUCGGUGUUGGGAGAGGCGACGGAUCACUUCGCUCAGUCUGAGGUGAAUGAGAUGGAUCUCGCGCUGGGUGAUGCUGAAGCGAGUGCUCAGUCGAAUAACUCGCUUGGUGCGCUGACUGGCCUGCUGGGUAAAAUCCCUGGCACCAGGGAUCUUGUGAACGAGGCUGAGGGUCUGAAGAGGUCGUCGGCAGCGCAGGAGAUGGCCAAUCGAAGCGGUAGAUCUGCUGCGGGCUAUGCGGAUUCGUCUUCUCAUGGCCAGAGUCGCGUUGGGCCUGGUCAGUCAGGGGGCUCUUCGCAGCCUGGCACUGGCUUUGAGGGUAUGCCAGACUUCAAUCCGCAGGAGACGGUAGCCAAGAUCUACCCGAUCUUGCAGUUCCGCGACAAGGUGGUGCGCAAGUUGGACUCGAUCAUCGAGAAGAUCCCAGGCCUGGAAGCCCUGGUUGAGAAGAUCUCCGAGACACUUACCGUGGUGAUCAUGUCCCUACUGGCACCCUUUGUGCGUCCUCUGAUCAAGGCGGCGUCCAAGUCCCUGCAGACUGGAUCUGCCGGUGUCAUUGAUGCUUCCGGAAAGCAUCAGUAUGAACCGUGGACCGAUCCCCACUGCACCGAUCCCACCCACUCUCUGUUGUCCAAGGACCACUUUGCCAACAUUCUGAACGAGCCGGCUGGCCGAGUCGCCUCGACAAUCGUCGAGUAUGUCGCUCCCCGUAUCCUUUAUGCUUGGCAGCAUAUCGAUGUCGCCGAGAACGAAGUUCUGGAGGACUGCCUACAGGUGUUCCACCAUCCCGCACUGCGCAACAUGCACAAUGACGCCCAUCGUACGAUGUUCGAGGCCGUUGAAAAAUGGGCUCACGGUCGAUCCGACCGUGGCGCUUCUCUAAACAACAUCCUCAGCUCUGAGGGUGUUCGCUCCGGUCGCAACACCGGCGGAGUGAGCCAUACGCACAGUGGCGGUCAUGGCGGAUUCCCUACGCUAGGUGGUACAUCUCAUGGCCAGAAGCCAAGUCACGGUCAAAGUCAUGCACACGGAAGUAGCCAGAACCAUUCGUCUCAUUCUUCUGGCUUUUCAAGCUUCUUAUCUGGUGGCAAUAAUGGCAAUAACAGCCAACACAGCAACUCAAGCGUACCCUGGGAUAAACUCUCAAGUCUCCCUAUUCCCGGGAUAUCAAACCUCAACAAAUUGAACAAAUUGACCAACCUGAUCCCUGGUGGCCAGAGUCGAGAAGUGGACGACUCGCCGAACUAUAACACUGGCUCACUCUCGCAUCCACAUGCGUCUCAAGGUCCUGUUCACUUCGAUCACAGUCAUUCUCAGCAUGCGAAGCACGAACAACUGGAUCAUAAUCCAUACACUUCUCACCAUGGGUCGGGCUACUAG